GCCGGAAGUGGAGUGCAGAGCCGUGCCGUACGCUGUUGGUCCCUGUGAUUCGGAGCUCGCGCGGUCGCUGGACCCAUCCAAGUGGCGCGAGCGGUUCUGGGCCCCUCGGGCUCCGCGGUCCAGAGGGCACCAUGGACGACAAGGAGUUAAUUGAAUACUUUAAGUCUCAGAUGAAAGAAGAUCCUGACAUGGCCUCAGCAGUAGCUGCCAUCCGGACUUUGCUGGAGUACUUGAGGAGAGAUAAAGGUGAGACACUCCAGGGCCUGAGAGCGAAUCUUACCAGUGCCAUAGAAACCCUGUGCGGCGUGGACUCUUCAGUGGCCGUGUCCUCGGGUGGGGAGCUCUUCCUGCGCUUCAUCAGCCUUACCUCCCUGGAAUACUCUGAUUACUCCAAAUGUAAAAAGAUCAUGAUCGAGCGGGGGGAGAUUUUUCUCAGGAGAACAUCACUGUCGAGAAAUAAAAUUGCAGAUCUGUGCCAUACUUUCAUCAAAGAUGGGGCGAGAAUAUUAACUCACGCCUACUCCAGGGUGGUCCUGAGAGUCUUGGAAGCAGCCGUGGCGGCCAAGAAGCGUUUCAGUGUGUACAUUACAGAGUCACAGCCUGACUUAUCAGGGCAAAAAAUGGCCAAAGCCCUCUGCCACCUCAGUGUCCCCGUCACUGUCGUACUGGAUGCUGCUGUUGGCUACAUCAUGGAGAAAGUGGAUCUUGUCAUUGUUGGUGCUGAAGGAGUUGUUGAAAACGGAGGAAUCAUUAACAAGAUUGGAACCAACCAGAUGGCUGUGUGUGCCAAAGCACAGAACAAGCCUUUUUAUGUUGUUGCAGAAAGUUUCAAGUUUGUACGGCUCUUCCCACUAAACCAGCAAGAUGUCCCAGAUAAGUUUAAGUACAAGGCGGAUACUCUGAAGUCCACGCAGACUGGACAGGAUCUCAAAGAGGAGCACCCGUGGGUCGACUACACCUCCCCUUCCUUAAUCACACUGCUGUUUACAGACCUGGGGGUGCUGACGCCCUCAGCAGUCAGCGACGAACUCAUCAAGCUCUAUCUGUAACCGCCGGGCCCUUUCCUGCCGGCGAACAGCUGAUGCUGGGAGCAGCCUCUUGGCCCCUCAAUGAGCCAGGCCAAAACUGAAUUUUUUUUAAUGAAAUUUUAUCGACUAAGGACUUAAAAUCAUACGUCUUGGAGAAUUUUUUAUUCAUUUCAGUCCCAUCUAAAAUAUGUUCAUGGUUCCCCUAAAACCCAACCUAAAUUGUGCUUAUGGUUUCCAGACACUUUCAUUCAUUUCCAGUUUCCAGAAAUACAAGUUAGAUUACUGGCUACUUGACUGGUGAAAGAUGUGCCCCGUCUCCCUCCCUUCAUCUUCCCACACUCCAGACUUAUCUGCCAGAAGAAUCAAUGAAAGCCAUACAGGCCUAAGAGAGCAGGGGUCCUAACUGCAGCCAGGUGCCCCUCCAGCAAUCAACAGCCACCCAGGAUGCAGGCUACACGGUGCCGUGUGAGAAAGGCAGGAAACACUUGCUGAAUCUGCAUCAGGCUUCCAGCGGUGAACAAGAGCUGAGGGCUGUCAUCUCUAAAAAGGGAUCAAGCCAAACAGAGUGGAAACUAACAUGAGAACCCAAGACAGGGAGAAACAGCAUCUUUGGCAGGAGUAUCCCGCGCGCCUCACCACUUACGAAGACGCCUUCCAGAAUAUUUGCAAACUUUAAUUCUGUAUCUGGGAAAGAUGUGAAUUUAAACGUUUGGGUCCUGAACAGCUUUUUUAAAAUUGUUCUUGGGAACAAUUCAGCAUCUUUUCAAAUAAGUUGUAUGAAAGAUUUUGAUAUGGUGUUGCAUCGGUACUGCAACCUGACCCCAGGCCCAAAUGUGUUGUCCAUCUUGGUAAAGACACUACGCAGCCACCUUCACACACUUAAGGCACAAUGAGAAUGAAAUAUGGUUUAUUCAACAGAAGGCAUAAUUUUCUUUUCCAGAAUGACUUGCUUCCUCUGUUUUUCAGAUACUCACCAAUAAAACAGUCCUAGGAGCUGUGCAGGUGUUCUGCACAGUACAUCAGAGAGAGAACUGAAGUCCAGGGAGAAGGACAUCCAGGAAGAUGAGGUGCCUGAAAACACUGAGGAAUUGUAAAAGGCCUGAAAUCAAGUCUACAUCAGUAUCUUUAUGUUAAAAAAAUAAGUAUAAAAUAGCCACCAAAAAAAUGAGCUCUUUGAGUAACCCAUCAAAAUAAAUAUUGACAUGUUAUUUACACUCAGUUAAUUUACAUUUUCUUCUGUUAGACUUCAGAGGUUGGUAUGUUUUUCAUAAAAUAUUCAUGAGUGUGAAACCCCUCACAUCUCCGCCGUCUGCAACAAGAGCUUUGGGAGAGGUGGUUCUUCUGGACGUCUGCCGAAGUUCUGCUCUUCAGUACACGCAAGCGCAGGCCAUCUGCGAGCGCAGGGCCGCUCCUGGCACUCCCGUUGCUCUCGUGCAUUUCACUUGAGCGGCAGGAAUCAGCAGUCAUCUUCCAAAUCUGAGAUCCCCAGAUCUGCUGUCUUGACUGAUCUUUUGCCACUUGUCAACAGCCCCUUCUCGAAUUCUUCUUCAGUAAUUUUGCCUUUUCUAAACUUUUUCAAGAGCCUGGUGUCAUUAAGAAGUUCUUCCAUGUCCUCAUCUUCGAUAUCAGAACCCUGAGUGCAGAAGAGAUCAACAAGCUACUGAAUUUCUCAGCAACAGUGUUCUAAGUGAAACCAGCAAUUUUUAAUCAGUAACUACUUGCUCUUAGAUCAGCUUCCACAAACACAGCGCAUUCCCCACCGAAGCCACCAAGGGAGUAUAGAAACCUGAGAGUCCUAUGCAAUUCCUAUUAGAAGAUAACUAUAUACUACACUUCAGUGAAACUUGUUCAGAAUUCUAAGUUGAGUAUUUAAAUAAUAAAAAUGCAAACUUUACCUCUUCCCUUUUCCUUUUUUCAUUCAGUUUUUUCUUCUUUUCCUUUUUGGCCUUCUGCUUUGACCAAGCUUUAUUUUUUAUGAAUUUUCUUCUCCCUUCAUUUUCUGUUUUCUCUUUUCUUUGUUGCUCCAAUAGCUUCUGCCUCUGCUUUUCUCUGAUUUUAUCUUUAAAUGGAAUGGUGUCUGUACUGACGUCCACAGGCACAAAAUCUGGAAACUGCUUUCCUCUCAGCUCUGGCAUCUUGGGCAUCCUCAGCAGGGCAAAACCUCGAGCAAGACUUGCAAAAUCGAGAUCUGAUUAAACCAAAACAUUGCAGUUAGCACAACCAAAAUAGGAUUAUAAGCAUCAACCCACAGAACAUUCAUAGCAAUAUAAUUUUGUCUACCUAAAUGAUCUAAUGGGCUCAUUUUAAUUAGAAUUAAAAUAAUUACAUUUUUACUAAAAAGGAAUACCCAGCAGCCAGUGUAUUCUCUGUCUACUCAAACCCAAGGAAGACUGUCUUUAUUUUAUUUUAUUUUAUUGGCUGCGCUGCACAGCACAUGGGAUCUUAGUUCCCCGACCAGGGAUCGAACCCAUGCCCCCUGCAGUGGAAGCUCGGAGUCCGAACCACCGGACCACCAGGGAAUUCCCAGGAAGACUUUCUUUUAAAUGUUUAGAAUACAUUAAACCUGGCAUAGGCCUGACAUUCUUAUAAAACAAAGCAGUUUCAUACUUGUAAUACUUCUAAAACCAUCAGAUGUUUCAGAUGGAGAUACAAUUAUGUGAAGAAGUCCAACUUACCCUUUAAUCUGAAGAUGAGGUUACACUCAUGCUUUGCAUAAGCCUGGACGUACGACACAAAAGCUUUCAUGCCCUUUUCAAACACAGCUCUGUCGGCCAGGGCCAUGGACUUGAGCUUUGGAAGGAGGUCUACUGUGUUCUUCUGGACUUUCAUCUCCUGCAGGGGGCACUGCACAGGGACCACAGCGUCACUUCUGGCUGGAAUCACCUCAUCCCCAAGGCUACUCCAUAAGAGCCAGUGCCAAUAAAACCAAAGGCAGAACAAUCCAUUUUAAUCUUAAAGCAGAGGCCUGGAAGCCCAAAUCCAAGCAAAGUAUUUUACUUGGUCCAGAAAGUAUUUUUAAAAAUUUAAAGCAAAGUUUAAAAUGAGAUUUUACCUAACAAUCCUGAUUUCUGGUUGGAAAGCACAGUAACAUAGGGCUAUGCUCCCAACUAGUGAUGCUUAGCUGGGGCCGAGCAGUGGCCGUACCCCAGAGCCUCUCCACAGCCAUAAAGCCAGCCAGGUUCCCGCACGAACAUCACCAGCCUGGCCCCUGUGUGUCUGCAACCCCUAAUCUAAGUUCUGGACCCCACUUGCUGGAAAAGAACUUUUUCAACUACCCCAGCACUGGACAUUCCAUAGGAAAAAGGAAGACAGCUUACUUUCUGGUUAAUUGCAAGGAAGUUGACGUACGACUCUUCCAUGGGAAGGAGAAACACAAGCGCGCUGCCGCCGUGGCCGAUGCGGGCUGUGCGGCCACAGCGAUGCACGAAGGCACUGUGAACAACAAGGGGCGGGAACACGGUCACCACGUGACGGUGGCCGAGCAGAGCACAGGCCUGCAGCCGCACGGCACCCGAGGAGCUCCAUCCCAACCCGCCGCUUAUUAGUGUGAUAGAAGAGCUGGCGAUUAAAGUACACAUGCAAACCAGAGAGGGCUCUGUUAGACAUUUACUGUGAACUAUAAAACUUUUAAAUUUAUGCCUAUCUGAUGGUACAGGUAGGAGGAUGCAGUCUCAGUAGAAAAUUUGAAAAACAAUGAAAAGCGUAAAAAAGAAAAUAAAAGUGACCUAUGAGGACCCACCCCCUCCCCCAGGAAGUAACAACUAUUGCUUAGGAGUUUGUAUUUACAGGUGUUUUCCUAUGUUUGGAGGCAUUUAUCAGAAAUACAUGCUUGCUUUCAGAGAAUAACUGACAUCUUCAUAUAUGCUGUAUAUAUUGUUCUCCUUUAAACACUCUAUCAUGUGCAUUUCUGCAAGAACUUUAAAAAGUAUUUGAGGGACUUCCCUGAUGGCCCAGUGGUUAAAGACUCUGCACUUCCAAUGCAGGGGACAUGGGUUCCCUCCCUGGUCAAGGAAGUAAGAUCCCACAUGCUGUGCGGCACAGCCAAAAAAUUUAAAAAUAAAUAAGUAAAUAAAAAAGAUCUAUUAAAAAGUA